AUGUCAGCCCGGAAGAUUUUCAACCCCUGCAGCGGUUCGUUUGAGUACGGCUUUUGUGCCAGGAGUUCGGGUCUUUCCAGGGACAGCUACAUCCCUCCCUCAUCAAAAGCCAAGGUUCAGCUGAGUUGGAGUUACACGACGUCCUGCCCAUCCAAAGUUAGGUGGCGCAGUUUGCAGCUCGUUCAUGCGCAGGAAGAGGAAACAAUCUGAAGGAAAAAGAGGAAGCAUAGGUAGCUUGUAACAACUGUUUUGCUUUGGAGCCACACCCCCUAAGAAACAAUAAGAAAAGAACACCCAG